AUGUCGGUUUCAUGCGGGGUUGAGUGCGUUGUUGUGUUUGGCUGCGCACGUUGGAUAUGGAAGCGCUGCACCUACGUCGGCUCCUACGACAGCGCCACCUGGCCUUCCGCCACCGCCGACGAGUUCGAACCUGUCCCCCGCCUCUGCCGCCUCAUCCUCGCAAUCAACCCUCGCUAUCAAUUCGCAGCACUCAACCCUGACUGUGUCGUCAAGCGCGUCACCUACAAGGACACCCUCGGCCACGCGCCGCCCUACAUAAUCUACGCCGACCACAGCCGCCGCGAGAUCGUGGUCGCCGUCCGUGGCCUCAACCUCGUGAAGGAGAGCGAUUAUAAGGUUCUGUUUGACAACGGCUUGGGCAUGCAGAUGUUCGACGGUGGCUACGUCCACCAUGGGUUGCUCAAAUCAGCGGUUUGGUUGCUGAACCGGGAAUCCCAUACCCUUAAAAGUUUGUGGGUCCAGAGCGGUUCACAUUAUAAGAUGGUGUUUUGUGGUCAUUCUUUGGGUUCGGGUGUUGUGUCCUUGUUGACCAUACUCGUUUUGAAUCAUAGGGAACGUUUGGGAGGGAUACCCAGGGAUUUGAUUCGGUGUUACGCAAUUGCACCUGCAAGGUGCAUGUCCCUCAAUUUGGCUGUUAAAUAUGCUGAUACUAUACAUUCCGUUGUGUUGCAGGAUGAUUUCUUACCAAGAACUGCAACUCCCUUGGAAGAUAUAUUCGAAUCAAUCUUCUGUGAACCUUGCUUAAUAUUCUUGGUUUGCCUGAGGGACACCUUCAUACCUGAGGGUAGAAAGCUUAGGGAUCCAAGGAGGCUUUAUGCACCUGGACGUAUGUACCAUAUCGUGGAAAGAAAGUUUUGCAGAUGUGGGAGAUUUCCUCCUGAAGUGAGGACUGCUAUUCCUGUUGAUGGGAGAUUUGAACAUAUUGUCUUGUCCUGUAAUGCAACAUCUGAUCAUGGAAUUAUUUGGAUUGAAAGGGAGGCAGAGAAAGCUUUACAAAACAUGAAGUGUAGGAACUCGGAAACUGUGACAGUCCCUCCAACUGUACAAAGGUUUGAGAGAUUGAAGACCAUUGAAAAAGAACAUAAAGAUGCUUUAGAAAGAGCUCUUAGCUUAAACGUCCCUCAUGCAGUGGAUGCAGACAAAGAAAUGUCUAAGAACAUUGAAGGAGAGCUUUCCAGUAGAGAGAGCAAAGAUGCAUCGUGCUCCACAUCAGAAUCAAAUGGUGGAAGGUUAAACUGGGAAGAAGUUGUUGAAGAACACUUCAAGAGGAAUGAUUCAGGAGAUUCAGGUCUGAAAAGAGAUACAAAUGCGCCACAAUAA